CCAUGGUGCUGGAGGACGGCAGUUGUCAAGCGAUGGAGGAGAAGAAAAAGAGGAAGAAAAGAAGAAUCGAGGAGACGGGACAUCUCGAGCUGGGUGCAGAGGUGACUGCCAUUCCAAUGCAGACAAGCGGUGAAGCAGCAGCAAGUCAGAGACCUACAAAGAGCAAGUCUGAAAAGCCCAGCAAGAGAGCAGAGACGUCACCUGCUACUGGCACACAGCCACACAUAGGCAAAGCACCAAGAAGAACCAGAUACGAUGUGCUGAACAAGGAAGCCAUCCUGCAGGAGAUCAAGGAGUACAUACCUGACAUCAGGAUCACAGAUUUAGACACGAUCUAUAAGUUCACACUGUAUGACCUGCCUCGUUUCAGGGAAUUUAAGAAGCAAGGAAUACCUAUUCGGACGGGGAAGUUUACUCAGGCUGAGGAGAAGCGUCUGAAACAGAAUGUGAAGGAUUUCCUGGCUCUUUCGGGUAUAGAGAGUGAGACUAAGCUCUUUUUGCCUCAUCGCUUCCCAGACGAAAAGGACAUUAUCAGGCUGCGGAGGAAGUUGGGAUUCAUCAAGUGUUUGUGUGAAGGGAUACCGCGCUCUUCCAAGAGCAUACGAGUUCGAGCUAAGGAUAUGUUCAACGAGGAGAAUUUCUUGGGAAGGUUCACUGACAAGGAGAACCAGGAGUUACUGAACCUGUACAAACUGCAUGGACGUAAAUGGAAACUCAUCUCAGAAAAGAUGGGACGCAGUGGCGCAGCAGUAAAGACACGAUUUAACUUUAUUUGUGAGGGUUAUGGGCCGUGGACAGAGGAAGAGUCUAGAACCCUUUUUACGUGUAUGCAGCAGCAUCUGCUGAAGCAGGCUACACCUGGUGAGGAUGGCAGCAUUGGCUCCGCGGUCAUCAAAAAAGUAAAUUUGUACAAGCAACUUCCCUGGACGGCUGUGAGCAAGCAGGUUCAGACUCGUAGCUCUAUCCACUGCAGGACUAAGUGGAUGCAAUACCUGACAUGUAAAAUGAGAACCGGCAGCGUCAUGAAAGGCAGGAAGACACUUCAGAGUCAAAUCCAGCUGAUCAAAGCAAUCAAUGAAAUGGUUGUGGAAGAUGCAGCAGACAUUGUGUGGGAUGACCUCACUCAUCUGUUUGGGAACGCACACCCAGACUAUUUGAAGAUGAGGUUCCACCAGCUGAAAGUAGCCCAUGUACCAGGAUGGAACACCAUGGAGGACUUCUGUGAUGUCAUCGACCACCUGUACGAGAAGACGCUUCCUCAACUGGAGGAGGAGCUGAAGAACUGCAGAGAGGAGGAGGAGGAGCCAACUGAGGAGAGAGACUCCUAUAGGCUGUCUGAGAUCUUCCCUGACCUCUGAUAGGCUGUCUGAGAUAUUCCCUGACCUCUGAUAGGCUCAGGCAGAGGAGGAAGGUAAAGGCCUACUGAGGACCAAGAGUGCGUUUUAAUAUGCGGCCUUGCCUCCUCCACUUGCGCUUGUCUCCUCGUCCUGCCUCCUGGCCCCUCCUCCGGGGAGAAAACGAUUAAGUUUCCCAGCUGUCAGCCUAGCCACAACAACUUUUGAGGGACUGUUUUUCAUUCACCCUCCCAAUUGCAAAUGAGAAAAAGACUCUACAAUUGAGCUUUUGCAAGAUAUUGAAAUAUAAUGCUGUUGUCAGUGAUUUCAUCAUGACGAGAAGCAAGUGGAGGAGGCAAGGUCGCAUAUUGCAACGCACUCCAAGACUCCUACAGGCCACCAGAGAGCUUCUCCAAAAUUACGGUGUGGCAAAUCCCCAUCAUCAGUUCUCAUAUCUCUCCCAAGGAGAAGCUGAUUUAAAGCUGGAUGGGGCGACCUACUGGACUGGCCCAGGACUAACUGGUAAUGUCCCACAGCACGUCCAGCCGCCUGGAGCUCUUCCGGACUCACUCUCCUUCUGGGAAUGUCCUGCAUCCUGCAGUAAAUUGGGAAUGCCCUGUUUUGGGAAUGCCCAGUGUCCUGAUGGAAAUAGUUCUUUUGGGAAUGCCUUAUCCUGCGUCCUGAUUGAAAU